AUGAAUCCCACCGAGGUCAACAGUUUCGAGCCGGGCCGACGCCCAAGGCCCAAGUCAUCGAUACUCGAAUCCUUCAUGAACCGUCGCCAGGCCUCCAACGAAGACCGCCCUCCUCUGAGUCCCUUUGAGGGCACCACGCCUCCGAUACAGCCCAAGAUCAUGGCAUUUGAGAACUUUUCCAACCCCGGAGCCCUGGCUGAGCUGCAGCGCAAUCAGCAGGAGCCCAUCCCUCGCUUCCCCAGGCGAGACGAUCGAGACGACCGUGGCCGAUCACCAUCACCGACCAAGAACAGUUUCGGCAACUUUACUGUCAUCACGGCAGCUGGCAAUGACACCAAGGGAACCAAGUCCCGCGACGUCUCGCCAACCAAACCCAAAAAGACCAAGUCGGGAACCAACUUGGCUGGUUUGCUGAGGCCCAAGACCCUCAAAAACCUAGGCAGGUUCGGAUCCGACGAGGACAUGAAUUCCAAGGACAAGGAGAACAGAACACCCGAUGAACCACCAGCGCCCACCCCCAUAUAUGCCCAGUUCACAUCAAACCCUCUGAGCCAAGAGCCACGGAGUCAACGUGCAAGUCUCGACGCAACAAGGAAACCGAGCGACCAGGACCUUUACAUGAGCAAUCGACCUGUGGUCAGAGAGAGACCAAAGUCAUUCCACCCCGUGCAUACCAAGAUGGACUCACCACCGUCGCCAACAAAGGCCCGCUUCCCGAACGAGUCCCGAAAGGGCUCCAAGGACUCGACCGAGUCCAAGAGUAAGAGUAGCCGCGGCAAGGUCCUGAGUGCCUUUACAUUCACCCACGGCCGAUCCAAGUCCAUGUCGACCGUCGCCGAGCCCACCGAGAGGGUGCUCGAUCCUAAGGACAUCGACAAGCACCUUGAGGCCAUGUUGGAUCGACGAAACAUUCCAGAGAACCAGAGGUACAAGAUGCGAAAUUUGAGCAACACCAUCAAGAUGGAGUUUAUCCGUCAGGACUGGGCCGAGAUGCAGGCUUUGAGGGCUGAAAGGCCCUGCUCUACUGACAGUGUGAACAGCAACGGCUCGGUUGAUGCGGGCACGUACGAAGACAAGCCGAAGCGAUCACGAGGAAAGAGUUUUACGCUCUCUCGAGGAAAAAAGGACAAGGAACCGAGCUCGCCCGUCAAAAAGUCCAAGGGAGACGGCACGCUUGGGCGCCACUUUAGGAGCAAAUCGACCGAUAGCGUGAUUAGUGAAGCUCCUCCUGGAUCAAGCGGAUCAGCCAACUCGGGCAUCCUCUCCAAGAUCAAGCUCCAACAAGGCCCGGGUGACUAUGUGGCCUAUCUCAGAAAGGUCCAGAAGCCUGAGCUCGUCGAAGUCGGCAAGGUUCACAAGCUUCGACUGUUGCUGCGGAACGAAACCGUCGCCUGGAUUGAAGACUUUAUCCAGCAGGGCGGCAUGAAGGAGAUUGUUGGUCUCCUCAACCGUAUCAUGGAGGUUGAGUGGAGGGAGGAACAUGAGGAUGCGCUUCUUCACGAGAACCUUCUAUGUCUCAAGGCAUUGUCGACGACUGCUCGCGCCAUGCAGUAUCUCGACACGAUCCAGGGUGACUUGUUUCCCAAGCUCCUCCACAUGCUGUUUGACCCUGAGAAGAAGGGUCCUAGCGAGUUCACCACGCGCAACAUCAUCACGUCUGUCCUCUUCACAUACAUCGAGUCUGCAAGCCCGACUGAGCGGGUGACGAGAGCAAAGAAUGUCCUCUCACAUUUGCGAGACCCAGAACCCAAAGAAGACGAACGUCCGUUGCCGUUUGUCCUCGAGAUGAGGCAGGAGAGGCCAUACCGCGUAUGGUGUAAGGAGGUUGUCUGCGUGACAAAGGAAGUCUUUUGGAUAUUCCUCCACAACGUCAACGUCGUAGACCUCCCCUCGGAGCGCCCCUCAUCGGCAGACUCCAACCCUGGUCCAUAUACCUACAUGCUCCGGCACUUCCCUCAGGAGCGCCCUCCUGUGCCGGCAGCGCCGUACGUGGGCGGAGUGGAAUGGGAUGCGACCAACUACCUGGCUUGCCAUCUCGAUCUCAUGAAUGCGAUCCUGGCGUGCACACCUACAGUCGAGGAGCGUAAUGCUCUCCGAGCGCAGUUUCGCAUUUCCGGAUGGGAACGCUGUCUUGGAGGUAGUCUUCGCCUCUGCAAGGAGAAAUUCUAUGGAAGCGUACACGACGGCCUUCGCACGUGGGUCGCAGCGGCCGCUGAGGAUGGCUGGGAUUAUAAGGAUGUACGAUAUGGGCCGCCACCGGAGUCCCGGGGUUCGCCAAAGAAGGCCGGAGGGGGGCAGAAGAAAAAGGUUGAGCAGGCGCCAAAGAUUGAGAUGCCCAAGCUCGACUUUGGUCUGGAUAAGCCGCCGGCGCCGAAGAAGGACGAGUGGCUGUGA